AGCAAGUAUUGAUUAGUCUUGAUCCCUUUUUAUAUAUGCUGUACUGCUUUUAGAACAAGAUAUAUACAACUUCAUGUUGUCUAGGUGUAAUUAAGAGCACAAUAAAUGUGCAAAUAUUAACGCUACUUACUUACAUAAGUAACUGUUUACUCCUUAAUUUCUUAAUUAACGUGAAUAACAAGUAAUAACAAGCCUUAGCAUUGAAAACUUCUAUUAUGUAAUAUGCAGUUAAUGUUUACAUUACCUCACAUCCAACAAUUAUAAACCCAAGGUCGUGUCUUGCUCAAGUUUCUAUGUUAAAUAAUCGGCGGUCUCUAGGAUACUUUUACAUGACUGAAAUUCAUAGUUCUAAAACCUUAGUGAAGUGAUAAAGAUAAUGACAUAUUAUGGAUAAUUGAACAAGAUAAAGCAAUUCUAAAGUAGUGAUACAAAAUUUGUGACCAAGUAAGUGAUGCAAUAUUGGACGCCCAUCUGAAGCAAGAUCCAAACGCUAAAGUGGCAUGUGAGACCGCGACAAAAACUGGAAUGAUACUGGUGUUUGGAGAAAUAACAUCAAAAGCUGUUGUAGACUAUCAGGAUGUGAUACGUAGCACCAUAAAGCAGAUCGGAUAUGAUGAUUCUAGCAAAGGAUUUGACUACAACACAUGUAAUGUACUGGUUGCUCUGGAACAGCAAAGUCCUGACAUUGCACAGGGUGUGCAUAUUGACAGAGACGAGGACGAUAUUGGAGCCGGUGACCAGGGACUUAUGUUUGGAUAUGCUACGGAUGAGACAGAAGAAUGUAUGCCUUUGACUCUUGUCUUGGCACAUCAAUUGAAUGCAAAAAUUGCAGAGCUUAGGAGAUCAGAAGAAUUAAAAUGGGUCAGGCCAGAUACAAAGACACAAGUUACAAUGGAGUACAAGUAUGACAGGGGAGCGUGCAUCCCUCUCCGAGUUCGUUCAGUUGUAAUAUCUGCUCAACACGACAAAAAUGUGACCCUUGAACAAUUGAGACAGGACUUAAUGGAAAAGGUGGUAAAGGUUGUUAUUCCAGGAAAAUACUUAGACAAUGAAACAGAGUACCAUAUUCAGCCUUCGGGGAAAUUCAUCAUUGGUGGACCUCAGGGUGACGCAGGCCUGACUGGUAGGAAGAUCAUUGUUGACACGUAUGGAGGGUGGGGUGCCCAUGGGGGCGGAGCUUUUUCAGGAAAGGAUUUCUCUAAAGUUGACCGUUCUGCUGGAUAUGCUGCCAGAUGGGUGGCCAAGUCUCUUGUCAAAGCUGGUCUGUGCAAACGUGUGCUGGUUCAGUUAUCUUAUGCGAUUGGGAUAUCCAAACCAAUUUCCGUCACGGUGUUUAGCUAUAAUACAUCAAAAUUUUCAGGAAAACAACUCCUUGAAAUUAUUGACAAAAACUUUGAUUUAAGACCUGGAAAGCUUGUCAAAGAUCUAAACUUACGAGCACCAAUAUACCAAAAGACAGCUUGCUAUGGACAUUUUGGGCGUCCAGGUUUCCCUUGGGAAGUCCCCAAAAAGCUUAUAUUUUGAAUUGAAGGUUUUGGUGAAUGGUUUGUAUUCCUUACUUUGCCUGCACAUCUGUCUAUUCCAUACAGUACUGCAUUGGGUACACCUGUCUGUUAUCACAGAUAAAGACAUUUCCAUCAAUUGUCUUAACUGCCGUACAAUUUUCACGUCCCUGUGUAUCGUCUUCAUUUUUCUAGUGAAUGAUGAUAUGAUUUUCAAAUCCUUUACCGACCUUCCCGGUUAUACUUUAUGGCCCCGCUGUCACCAACUUUCCUCAAGUCAAUACUCAGCCUAAAUUCUGAGUUUUUACCUCAAAUUCAUGCACUUUUUCUAUAAGGAUUUGAGUUUAGGACUGGGCUGGGUUAUUUGAAAAAUUUUGAUAACGGUGGGGUCAAAUCAAAAGAAUCACCGGACACAUUUAAAGAUUUUUUUUUCAAGUAAGCGUUAAGCAAUUAUUGAUCAAAGUCAUGGUAUUCAAGUUAAACCAUACCUUUUGUGAAUCAAGAUUAUAUUGUAUUGUAUUUUGAUUAUUGAGGAUUUGGGCAAUCUACAAUAUUAUAAGAAUAAAUUAACACACGUUUGGUAGCAUUAAGAAGGGGUUUGUUUUUCCCUUCUUUUGACAUUUGGGUUGACCUUGCAAAGGGAAACAACUUUUGAUAAGUGUGGAUUGGUCUAUAAAGAAAAAUACUGUCAUUAUUCUAUUAACAUUAAAAUUUUUUCAAAAAUUGCUCUA